AUGUUUAGUAUGACAGCGACUGGCUUAGUCGUUCUAGGUGCAUUUUAUUUACAUUAUCCUGAUCGUGCACCACUGCGCUAUUCACACCAUGAAGAUGUAUUCAUGAUAUAUGACAGAAAUAUAGAAAAUGACAAAAAAGUGUAUCGAAUAAUGAUUGGCCUGACAGUUGCAUCGCUUAUUACAUCGCUCAUUUCGAUACCACUCCUUUACAUCUUCCUCAGGCGCCGAAGUAUUUCAUCGCAUUUGAACGCCACCGAUGAGCAACCUGGAGCGCCGUUCACAAUCAACAGCUGUGUACCAUCAUAUCCACCAUCCUACGAUGAUGCAGUCCAGCAAAUGGACGCAACAAGUUGGCGCUUGAAAGAGCAGCAUACGAGCUGUGGUACCACUAGUCCACCGCAGUACACCGAUUUUCGAGUGGCAUUUUAUGCACAACCACCACCAUAUUCCGAAAAAAGCACAUCCAGUGCUGCACUGUAA